AUUAUUAACGAUAAACAAUCGAUACGUACAUGAAACGCAUACGUAUACAGUAUACAUUACAGGGCGCCUAUAUAAUGGGGAUGCCCACAUGGAAGCUCAAUUGAAUUUGGUGAUUUAUUGGGAGUUAUUGCUUCCUCAACCUGCAAAUCAGUUGCAUACAAUUGCCUGAUUACUAUUUGCAAGUAGGCGGAGGAUUUCACAGGCUUUAAGGGUUUUGCAGAGUGAUUUGCCAUUUUUAUCUGCCAACAUGCUUCUCAGAGCCUCCUCAGCUGUUUCUACUGCCAGUGCUGCUGUUGGUUCCCUGAAACAGCAGGAUGGCUUUCACAACAAAUUUGCGGGAGAAAAGCUUAAUGUAAGCCUGGCAGCAAAAAUGAAUCAGGGUAGAUGUGCAGUGCACCAUUCUGCUUCUAACGUCAAAGCUAUGGCUACUCAACUCAGUAACACCUCGUUGAAUGGAGUAAUCUUUGAGCCAUUCACUGAGGUGCAGAGUCAGCUUACUCAAAUCUCGCAGUUAUACUCAGAGUCCCUGGCCAGACAGAGGUUUUCAGAUCCUUGUGAAGCCGCCCUCAACGAACAAAUCAAUGUGGAGUACAAUGUAUCAUACGUAUAUCAUGCUCUGUUUGCCUACUUUGAUAGAGACAAUGUAGCUUUGCCAGGAUUUGCAAAGUACUUCAAGGAAGCCAGUGAUGAGGAACGAAAUCAUGCAGAAAUGCUAAUGAAAUAUCAGAACAUAAGAGGCGGCAAAGUUGUGCUGCAAUCCAUUUUGAUGCCUGUCAUGGAGUUUGACCAUCCCCAUAAAGGAGAUGCCCUCUAUGCCAUGGAGCUGGCCUUGUCUCUGGAGAAGCUCACCAAUGAAAAGCUUCUCAACUUGCACAGUGUUGCUCAAGAAGCUAAUGAUAGUCAGAUGACAGAUUACAUUGAGGGCAACUUCCUCACAGAGCAGGUGGAAGCAAUCAAGCAGGUUGCAGAAUAUGUUUCUCAAUUGAGAAGGAUAGGCAAAGGACAUGCUGUGUGGCAUUUUGAUCAAGUACUUCUCCAUGGCGACGGUGGUGCUCAUGCUGGAGGAGCUGCAAUUGCUUGAUCUGUCUGUUCAUAUACACUUUUAGGAAGUUGCCUUCGAUCCAUGAAUUCACAUCUUUGAAUGAAUGCAACGUCAUCUAUAAUUUUCUCUUACAUUUAUCUCCGUAUAGUUUGAAGCUCUGUUUUGACCUCCGUACCUGGAUUAGAAGUAAAACUAUCUCAAUUUAGUAUGUGCAUCGAUUUGCUGUUAUAUUCAGAUAAUGGUUCUGUAUUACAUUUUGUUUGAAGAUGAAUUCUGAAGAUAUAUUGUAGAUAACAUUUAGCGUGAACUCUACACCGAUUUCAAAUUUACUGCCAUGUUGCAGUCAUGUUACUGAGCCAUUCUGAAUCGGUUUGGGUUAUAGCGAAUGGAUUAUAUAAUUUCUGGUAAUAUGAUUAAGAUGGGUUGCUUUAGACCAAA